AUGGUAGCUGCUGAAGAAGGCGUUACCCGAGAGCAACUUAGUACCAAGCUGCUACAUCCAACCCCUAUGAUUUUCGACGAGGAGCGCCAAGUUUUUGGCAACGGUGCAGGAGUCAACGUCUUGCAGCGCCUAGAUAAAUUAGAACAGCGCAUCGAACAGGGCCUCGCAAAUUUACAAAAGGAUGUCGACGAUAAACACCUCCUAACAAUGCGCCUUAUCCGCGCUCCCGUUUACGACCAAGUCAAUAACGACAUCAUAGAUCCCAAACUGCGAAAAGAACGAAAUGAACUCGCACAUGGUGGAGCCAUCAUAACAGACCUAGAAAUUAUUCGUCAUUUGCAGAAAGGCGGAAACAUAUCCACGUCAUGGUAUGCCGGCUUCAAUAAACUAUAUGGAAUCUCGCACACCAUCGCAGACGGAGUACCACAAUGCCCAAAAAUGGCGAAGCUUCUUGAUAUACAUGCCAAUGUUUCCCGUCUGCAUGCAUAUAUCGAUCAGCCUAUGAGCGAGCCUAUCAUCAAGAAAUGUAAACUGAUUAUUAAGAUGUGGGAGUCUGCGUGUAGCCAGGGCCGUGAUCCGGCCGCCAUUUUCGAGGUUCCAACUGUUGCAACUACCUAUAAUUGUAUUCUAAAUGACUUUGAUAAUUUAUAA